AUGUCGAAGCCGGGGUUCGAAGACAUUGAUUUUGGUGCUCCGCCGCCCAAGCAGCACCAGAUACACACUCCGCCCGACUCGCCCGAGAAGACCACUCACCCUAUGGUGGACUUCCCAACCCAGCACAGGAAGACGGACAGCUUGAGUAAGAGCAAUGUGACAACACCCGGGGCCAGAGGAGACGCACGAGCUUGGGGGGAUCUCGAGGGCAACUUGACGAUCCCAACAUCGCCGACGUCUUACAACACCAUCGAGGCGCGGCGGGUGUCGCGAAACUCGUUCGGCGUCACGCUCCCCAUCCCGCGGUCGAAGCGGCAGUCGCGCCUCAGCGGCGUCACGUUCCCGGCCGAGGAUCAGGCGGCGUCCCGGGCCGGCAAGCAGUCGGAGGGGGCACAGGUGCAGCCGUCGCGCGAGAUCCUGACUUCGCAGGUGCAGGACGUGCACGCCGACAAAGUCAAGGCGGCCAAGAACAUGGCCUUCGUGUUCGACAUUGACGGCGUGCUCGUGCACGGCGACCGGCUGAUCCCGCAGGCGAGGCGGGCGCUCGAGAUGCUCAAUGGUGACAACCAGCUGGGCCUCAAGAUUCCGCACAUCUUCCUCACCAACGGCUCCGGCAAGCCCGAGAAGGCGCGGACGGAGCAGCUGGCGCGCAUCCUGCAAAACCCCGUCAGCACCGACCAGUUCAUCCAGAGCCACACGCCGAUGCGGGCGCUGGCCGAGUACUACAACACCGUCCUCGUCGUCGGCGGCGAGGGCUACCGGUGCCGCGAGGUAGCCGAGGAGUACGGCUUCAAGGACAUCGUGGUGCCCAACGACAUCCUCGCCUGGGAAUCGACCAUCGCGCCGUACCGGGUCUUCACCGAGGAGGAGCGCGCCUCGUCGCUGCCGCGCGACUUCGCCAGGGUCAACAUCGACGCCAUCCUGGUCUUCUCGGACUCGCGCGACUACGCCACUGACAUGCAGAUCAUCAUCGACCUGCUACGGUCCAAGAUAAAUAACGGGCGGCUGGGCACGGUCGCCAGGGACCCCGUGUCGCAGCGCAUCCCCAUCUACUUCUCGCAGGGCGACCUGCUGUGCCCGACGGAGCACCCGAUCCCGCGCAUGAGCCAGGGCGCCUUCCGCAUCGGGCUCGAGGCCAUGUACAAGGCGCUGACGGGGGUCGAGCUGGAGCGCGUCGUCUACGGCAAGCCCGAGCUGGCCACGUACAAGUACGCGGACGAGGUGAUCGCCUCGUGGAUGGAGAUGCUGCACGGCGAGGAGCGCGUGCCGCAGAACAUGUACAUGAUCGGCGACAACCCGGCGUCCGACAUCGUCGGCGGCAACAUGUACGGCUGGAACACCUGCCUCGUGCGCACCGGCGUGUUCCAGGGCGGCGCCAACGACGAGGAGAACCCGGCCAGCUUCGGCGUGUUCGACAACGUCUGGGACGCCGUCGCGGCCGCCUGCCGCAAGGAGCUCGGUGACGACUUCGGCUUCCAUUGGGACGAGCGCGUCGUCAACCCGCUGAUGCAUGACAGCCACACCGCGUCGGCGAUUGAGGUGUGA